AUGCCUGCAAGGUUGCGAGAAUGUGUGAUUAAAUCAGAUGAUGUGGUCGAUGAUGAAGGUGAGCUGGUAUGCUAUGCUUUUUAUGCAGAUGUCGAACUAGUCAAUGUUGUUGAGGCAUUGAAGGAUUCGAACUGGAAGAAAAAGAUCGAAGACUUCAAAGGUGAUCUUAGCAAGGACUUCGAAAUCUCUGAUCUGGGACACAUUUCAUACUUCAUUGGCAUUGAAUUCUACAACAGCACUAGAGGCUUGAUGAUGCAUCAAAGAAGAUAUGCAGGCGAGAUACUCAAGAUAUUUGAGAUGGAAGAUUGCAAUUCGACUUUGACACCAGCUGAACCAAGAUUGCAACUGUUGAAAAAUUCAAAAGAAGACGAUGUCGACCUAACACAGUACAUAAGACUUAUUGGGUCAUUAAGAUACCUUUGUCACAAAAUGCCUGAUCUAACGUACAAUGUAUGUAUGGUGAGUAGAUUCUUGCAGAAGCCAAAGGUAUCACAUCUAGCAACGACGAAAAUGAUAUUAAGGUAUCUCAAAGGAACUCUCGAUUAUGGCAUUCUGUUUCCUAUAUAUGAUGAAGGAAAAGAAUGCAAGUUAAUGGGUUACACUGACUCAAGUUGGUGUAGUGAUGCUGAGAAUAGAAAAUCUACAACUGACUAUGUGUUUAUGCUAGGUGGUGCACCAGUUGCUUGA